AAUGUUGUUUCUCAUUUUCAUGCAUUUAAACCAUUUUAUUGUAUCUUGCAACACUUCAUAGACUGAUGUCAAAGGAUGCUAUUGCAUUGAACUUUUCCUGUGUUGCCACAUUUUCUUGCACUGCCUCUCAACAAUUAUAUCUCGCAAUGGUAAGAUUGUCUAAGAAUAUCCAGUUCACAAACCCAGGUACAGAUCUGGAUUUAAACAAAAACAUCUGAAAUAUAAAAAUGUCCAGUUUGUGGAAACUCAAACAAACCACUCCACUGGCACCAGAAAAAAGCUCUGGAACGCCCCUGGAUUUUGUGCAAUGCAUUGGUAAAGCACUGCUACAGCCCAGGUCAGUAGCCAGACACAACACAGCAAGACAGACUCCAAAUCAAGUGAGAAGAAAACAGAUAAGAUAUACUAUCAGAAGCAGGUCAGCAUGCUUCAAGUCAUCCUCAAAACAUGAGAACACAUCAAUGCUUUCCAUUGAUCCACGGUCGGGGACAGUCAAUGUGGACAAGUGGAGUCAAAGAGAGCUGUCUGAAUGGGACAUCAACAGGAUCAGCAGUGGUGGCGGCAGGAUCUUUUCACUGGGGCCUAUUUUUGACGGCACUUCAGCACAGUCUUGCCCCGGCCCAAAGCCGCCACUGAGGAUCAGGAAUUCCCAAAUGUCCAAGCCUUUUAGAAUACCAAGCGCAGUAUCACAGAGUGUCAAUGUCUCACGGGUAAACACUGCUAGGACCCAACACCUACAUGAUUUUAAGACCGACACACUGCAGGACAGCCGGAGUCAGCUCAGAGCUGAUACCAGCCUAAAGAGCAUUGAUCUUAAGCAGUACAGGAAAUCAAUCCAUGUGAGGAAUGGUGGUUUGAAGCCUUUGAAACCUGUUGGCCCACAGAGACCAAGUAUAUUCCAGUGUACUGGCAUAACUUCAGACCCUAUGAAGAAUGUGCAAGAGAAAUACCACCAGGGUGACAACACGGCUCCUGUGUUCAGGCGCUUCUAUGAGGUGAUGCUUGAGGAGCCACAGAGAAGACGUCAAGACAGGCAAAGAUCUGCCCACACAUCAGGAACGUUUGGAGGUCACAUGGAUGAUGAACACCUAGAGACUGCAACAUCAGAUUACUGCCUGGAGGUCCGUAGCUGCUCCCCAGACACCCUGCAGCUUCAGCUAGAGGGCCUGUGUCUGCAGGGGGAGUGGGGCCAGCUGGGUGGGGGUAAGAGGUAUAGCUCACUACCUACAAGUCACCCAGUAAAAGAGACUUUCUUCAAGAGUAUGGUGUCAAAUGACUCCCAUAAGGACGCAGGGUGUGCGAGUGGCAGGAAAAUAGAGGACACAAGUAAAGAGGACAGUUCGAAGGACACAGCAGACCCUUUCUUCAUUAACAAGUGGGAUCCAGGCCAGCUUAAAGUCACCUUCACACUUAAAGACUCAAAUGAGCAGAUGAUAAAGAGCGUCCUCCAAAAGCCACCCUCUUCCUGAAACUCAGCAAGAAUCGAGUCCAUAUUCUUUAUAGUGGUCACUUGACAUCAGAGGUGGAAAAAGUAUCCAAUUGUCAUACUUGAGUAAAGACACCGUAAUCGAAAGUGACUUAAGCAAAAGUGAAUUUCACCCAGUGAAAUAUUACUUGAGUAAAGGUUUAAAAGUAUUGGUUUUAAAUAUACGUAAGUAUCAAAAGUAAAAAUGAUUUCAAAUUCCUUAUAUUAAGCCAUACAGACAGCACCAUUUUUUUUCAUUUACGGACAGCCAGGGGCACACUCCAGACAUAAUUUAUAAAUUGACCAUGUGUGUUUAGUGAGUCCGCCAGAUCAUAGACAGUAGAGAUGACCAGGGGUGUUCUCUUGAUAAAGAGAGUGAAUUGGACCCUUUUCCUGUCCUGCUAAGCACUCAAAAUGUAACGUGUACUGUUGGGUUUCAGGGAAAAUGUAUGGAGUAAAAUGUACAUCACUUUCUUUAGGAAUGUAGUGAAGUAAAAGUUGUCAAAAAUAUAAAUAGUAAAGUACAGAAAAAAAAUACUUCAGUAGUACUUAAAAGUUGUAUAAGUAAACAUACUUUAACUUUACACUGCUGCUCUACAUUGUCAGGUCUGAGAUUAAAUUAAAAAAGGUCAACAUUC